AUGCCGACCACUUUCGACAAGACAUUCGGAAUCUGGUUGGUCGCCCAACUCUUCCAGGCCAUUCUGUACGGAAUGGGGCUCCUCCAGGCUUACCUCUACUUCUUCUGGUAUCCUAAGGAUGGCUGGUGGACUAAGGGCACGGUUACACUCAUCACUGUCCUGGAGACUCUUCAGACGGGCUUCUUCUUCGCUGCCACAUACAGGCUCUUCAUUACCGACUUCGGUAACUUCGAGGCCCUGAGUGACUUCCCCUGGCAAGCAUUAGCUCAAUUGCUUACCUUGUAUGCCUCGACUUUCGUCGCUCAAUGCUACUUCGCGUUCUGUAUCUAUCAACUUUAUAAACGCAAUUGGUGGUAUCCCUCGAUCGUUUUCGUUCUUUCCUUAGUUGGAUUCGGCGGAGGUGUUGCUCAAAUUUUCCUCGCUGUUAGGAUCCAGAAGUUCGCCGAGCUCCCGUCUACUUCGGCUGCCUCCAACACCCAGGCCGCUCUGUCUCUCGCCGCCGACAUCAUGAUCACGGUCGGACUGAUCUGGCGUCUGCACGAGACGAGGACUGGCAUUCAAUCGACCAACAAGCUUCUCAACUUCCUCAUCAUGACUGCCAUCAAUCGUGGUGUGUUGACGAUGAUCACUGCUCUGCUCAACAUGGUCCUGUUCUUGACCCAACCCGGAACCUUCUACUUCAUGCUUAUGAUUCUCAUCAGUGGAAAGUUCUACAUGAACUCAAUGCUGGCGAUGUUGAACACGCGCCAACACGCCCAUUCAAUAGGUGCUGUCGCGGUCAACACCAGUACAGUGGAUCAUAUCUCAAUGCCCCACUUCAAUACGCGGACACCCAACGACGCUCUCAAUGUUAACAUCUCGGUAGCGCGGGAGAUGCACAACGAUCGUGGCAGCGUCAAUGACCACGACGGCAAAGGCAUGUUCUGA